AUGGGUGUCGGUAAAACGGGUGCAUUCCAAAACACAAUAACCAAACACCAGAUACUGGACUUUCAGUAUCAGCUGAAUAGAGAGUAUUUGCCCUCACCCACUAGACCUUGGGAGAAGAAAAGCAACCACGAAGGUACCACCAGACAGCGUCUAGAAGCCCAAAAGACAUGA